AUGCGGAAGCAGAACAGGAUGUGUUAAAAACCUGUCGAGCUGCGUUUGUCAUCCCGGAUUGCGGAUUGAGUUUACAGCAGCAAGAUAUUUGGUCAGAUUUGUUGGGUUUGUUUUGCGGGCAGGAUGAAGACAUCUUUUCUGCUUCUUUUUAGCUGCUGUUUGGUUCAAGCAGCUCAAACAGAAACCAAAGUGAUUCCAGAUCCAGUUGACAUAUCAACCUCAUCCAAUCAGCAGGCUGCUCAUAACACUCCACAGACAAACCCCACAACAGCUCACGGGACUUCAUCCCUUUCGAAGGAAACGACCCCGCAGAAUACCAAGAACUCUGACAACCUUGUCGAAUCUGCACCGAAAAAACAGAACAAAACGACAUCGAAAAUAGCCACAGCCAAAAAUCAGUCAGAAACUGAGCCAGCGCCACCACCAGGUCAACUUGAGUCAAAUUCUGCAACACAAAAUCCUGAGAAAGGAACAACCAAGAAGCAGAAUGAAUCUCAUAACGCCAUCAAAAUAGUAACAACCAAGGAUCAGGAUCCUAAAGACAAGCUGACAACUAGCAGUGCUGGCUCAGACGAUUCUAAAAUCACUACAGAUAACAAUUCAAAGUCUGCAGACAUAAUAGCCAAAACUCCCAACAAAGACGAGGAACGAAUUGAAGAUGCUAAGGGGAACGGCAAACCGCAAACGACACCAGUAAGUGAAAAAACUGAGGAGAAAACGGACGCAAAGGAUGACGAGGACACAAUCAGCCCAGAGACAGAGAAAACUGUGCCCAAGGAUCCCAUCUUUAAGGAGGAGGAGAACAGUCAUUUCUUCGCCUACCUUGUUUUCGGAGCCGUGUUCGUGGCGGUGCUUUACAUCGCGUUCCACAACAAGCGCAAGAUCAUUGCCUUUGUUUUAGAAGGGAAGAAAGGCAAGUCUGCACGCCGGCCUAAAACUGCAGAAUACCAGAAGCUGCAACAACACGUGUGAUACAAAGUGGUAAAAUCUGAAGCCUGAACACUCUUGAGAGGAAAGACAAGUCACGGGUAUUUACCAGGUUCAGCUAAACUUGUGUUAAAUGGCCGCUCUUCUAUUUUUUACCUUUAGAUGUUUAUUGCAUGACUAUGCAGAGAACACGAUAGCCUUACUGGGGGAAUUGAUGUAAAGGGUGAAGUAAGCAUGGAUUCGUUUGCACUAAUGUUGUUCCACUCUUUUAGUCUAAGGUCCAAACUCAGGAUAUUUCAGUAGCAGAUUAGUUGUUUCAAUCUCGUUUUAAUGGUGCAUUAAUGCACUUUGUGCCUGAAGAA